AUGCUAGGGUUCCUCAAGAAGGCCCUGGAGAGCAAGGUAUAUGGGCUGGACCAUGCAGUACUCAACGUGCAGCUGCCGCCUCCAACCAUGUGGAUGAACAUGGGAUUCUGGAAGGAUACUCAACACUUUCCAGCGGCCUGUCAAGCAUUAAUUGACCAGGUAUUACAAGCCGGUCUCGCUACUGACAAGGGUCGUUCUGUGAGAAUCUUGGAUGUUGGCUGCGGGUGCGGUGACCAAUCGGUUCAUAUUUCAUCACUGAAAAAAGACGCAUUUUCUUCUACUACCACUGCGACAUCUCAAUCUGGGUCCAGCGCUUCUGCCGAGGCUUCCGAGUCUACCCUACGACGACAGGGCAGUAGCAACGAGUCGUCCAAGCCUCUUGUCGAUACAUACAUAGGCAUUACAAUACAGCCUUCUCAGGCACAGUUUGCCCAGCAGCGCAUCCGCUUGUAUCAGGAGCAAAAUAAAGAUGGAGAUAUCCGUACCUCCGCGGAUGUGUUCUGCGCCGAUGGAGCCGACCCCUCGAGUUGGACUGGAGAACUGCCUGAUUCCAUUUCCAACUUGGUUGAUACCUCGCUUGACCCAGAUACAUCAACAUGGCUUCUUGCUCUUGAUACGAUGUACCACUUCAAACCCUCGCGUCUUCCCAUCCUUUACUAUGCACAAAAUAGUCUUCAUGCAUCCUUUAUGGCCUUUGAUCUCCUUCUCGCGGAUAAUACAUCCUGGUGGCAACGUCUCAAAAUGCGGCUAGUGUGCUGGGUGACCGGUUCGCCGUUCACGAAUUUCCUCACUCGGGAGGAGUAUAUGCGUCUCUUGGUGGCGGCCGGCUAUGAUCGUUCUCGAAUUCAGAUCAAGGACAUAUCUCGACAUGUCUUUCCUGGAAUAACGGAGUUUAUGGGUCGAAGGAUACAGGAGGGGCAGCCAUAUGGGAUCAAGUUGGGCAAGUACCGUGGAGCAAAAACUGUAUUCGGCUGGUGGGCUAAAAGCGGUAUCGUCAGGGGAGUGGUGGUAGUUGCAAGGAGUUGA